AUGAAUAUUAACCAACGGUACCAUGAAAUUGACAAACGUUAUCGAGAUAUCGAAUAUACGAAUAAUGAAUUAAAACAAUUGAAUACUCAACUUGAAAAAGAUUUAUUGAGUGUUGGCGGUGUCAGCGAAUUGUUUCGACGAGGGCCAGAGGGACAAACAAGUGAUAGUAGUGUUAACGAAACUGGAAUAAUUAAGGAUGUAUUAAAUCAAUCAUCUGCACCGUCAACAUCAUUCAAUGAUUCGUUAACGAAUACUUCAACACGCGAUUCGCCAUCAGACGAAGCGUUAACAGCAAUUGUUAUCAGCCAACGAGAGCGAUUUCGUAUUCGAAAUAUUGAAUUAGAAAAUGACAAUGUUUCAUUAAAACAACAAAUUGGUAUAUUUCAAAAUGAAAUGGAUAAACUUCGAUCAGAUAAUAUUAAAUUAUAUGAAAAAAUAAAGUUUAUUCAAUCGUAUCCUACAACACGAGCAGCCGAUGAAUCUAUUGAUCGUUAUUCACGUGGUUAUGAUGCUUCUUUGGAUCCGUUUACAAAUUUUACUAAACAAGAAAAACAAAAGAAAUAUGAAUCGCUUAAAUUACAUGAAAAAUUCGCGUUAAAUUUCGGCCGUUUUAUUUUAUCAUCACAUAAGAGUCGAACAUUUUUUGUUAUUUAUUUUAUUCUCGUACAUAUUCUUAUCUUUCUUUCGCUCUACAAAAUGGUUCAUACUGGUUCAUCAGUACGCGACAUGUCGCAAAUAUGUUUUGACAAAUUUCGAGAGCAUAUGGCAGGUGUCCAUGGCGAUAAAGACUUUCAUCUUGAACAUGCACAUGCAGGGGCAGGGGCAGGUGUGGGGCUUGCACCGGCACCCCAUAUUCAUCGGUAG